CCGAUGAUAUUAAUCAAAAUUUCGAAGAUUUUGAUGAUACUAGCUACGAAUUUGUUAAUCAUAAUGAAAAAGUCGAUAAUAAUAAUGAUAAUUUAUUUGAAAUAAUUAAUCCAUCAUCAAAAAAUGAAAAGGAAACUGAUAGUGAUACUACUACCCCCGUGCAUCGAUAACGAUAAUACAAUAAUGAUAGCAGGUAAUUUAAAUAAUAAAGUUGUACCAUGUGGUGAAUGUUCUCAAAAUAAUUUUUCGAUAGAUGAAGAAAGUAAAAAUUCAAAUGAACCAUCACCAUUAAAGAAAUUAUGUGAGAAAUUAUGUAAUGAAGAUUGUAAAAGUUUUCAAGAUAUGGAAGAUAUUAAAACAAUAAAAAAUGAUGAAAUCCAACCAAAUUCAUCAAAAUUCAUAACAAAAUCAUUAUUAAAAGUACCAUCAAAAAUUGAUUUGGAAAGAAAGAAAUUUUUAGAUGAAAUUCUUAAAGAUGUUGAUUUAGAUAAAAUUGCUAACAUUGAUUUUGAUACAAAUGAAAAUGAAACUAAUAUAGAACAACAGGAAUUGAUUAAUGAAAAUGAUAAUAAAAUAAAUAAAGAAAUUAAUUUAAAUGAGAAAAUUAAAUAUAAUCUACCAAUGAUGGGUAUAAAUACAUUUCAUGAAAAAUUUAAAAUAGCUGAUGCAUUAGCUAGAACAUCAAUGAUGACAUCACCGGCAGCUAAAAGACGUUUAGCAGCACGUAAAAUUGAAAUGGAACUUGAUUUUGGUCGAAUGAAUACAGAUUCAAGUGAUUUUGUACCACCAAGAGAUUUAUUAUUAUAUCUUGUGAGAAUGGGCUCUUUUAAUUCAGCCCCAAAAAUCAAUAAUUCGGAUACACAAGAUGAUAAUUUGAUUAUACCAAACGGAUUAAACUGUACAGAAUUAAUUAAACAUUGUAAGGCUUUAAGAGGAGAGAACCGUCCACAAUUGUUAAAAAGGCAAUUUAUUAAUCCAACAUUAACAGCUGAUGAAACUGAUUUGUGUGAAGGAUUUAAUCAUAUAAAUCUAACAAAUCCAAUAACAUCAAAAAAUAUUGGAAAAAUAUUAAAAUCUUCACCACAUCAAAUACGUGUAUUUCAGUGGAAUAUUUUAUCUCAAAGUCUUGGUCAGAAAAAUGAUGGUUUUGUUUGUUGUCCAGAUGAGGCCCUCACAUGGGAUAACCGAAAAUUUCUUAUAAUUGAAGAAAUUCUUCAAAAUGAUCCCGAUAUUAUAUGCUUACAAGAAGUCGAUCAUUUCAAAUUUUUAGAGAGAAUUCUCGGAUCACAAAAUUAUUGUGGUAUAUUCUUUCCAAAACCUGAUUCACCAUGUUUAUACAUCGAAGAGAAUAAUGGUCCAGAUGGCUGUGCAAUAUUUUAUAAACGUGAUAAAUUUAAUUUACUUAAUUAUGAUACCAGAAUCCUUGAGGUAUGGCAUGUUCAAAGUAAUCAAGUUGCAAUUGUUGCAAAUUUAAAAUUAAAAGAUUUAGAUAAAGAAUUAACUAUUUGUACAACACAUUUAAAAGCACGUAAUGGAGCAUUAUUAUCAAAAUUACGUAAUGAACAAGGAAAAGAUCUUUUGAAAUUUAUUAAUGAUGUUGGCGGUAACAGACCAGUUUUAUUAUGUGGUGAUUUUAAUGCAGAACCAAUUGAACCAGUGUAUAAUACAGUUUUAAAUAAUAGAGAAUUGGAAUUAACAAGUGCAUAUGCAGAAAUUAAUAAACAACUUGAAGAAUUAAAUGAUGAUUGUAAAAUAAGAAAUUCUGGUAUUGAUAAAACAAAUAAUGAAGAUUGUAAAAAUUUGGAAUGUAAUGGUGAUGAAGAAUUAAAAGAAGAAUGUAAUGUUGCUGAAAUUAUGGCAAAAAAAGAACCAGCUUAUACAACAUGGAAAAUUCGAGAAGAAGGAGAAAUUUGUCAUACUAUUGACUAUGUAUUCUUUUCAAAAAAUCAUUUUCGGGUUCAAAACUGUUUACUAUUUCCAAAAAGUGAAGAAAUUGGAGAACACCGUACACCAUCUUUUCGUUAUCCAUCUGAUCAUUUUUCAUUAGUAUGUGAUUUUGAAUUUCUGGAAGAGAAUUCAGAAAGUUCUACAAAAUCAUCUGAACAUUGUAAUAAUAUAAGCAACAAUAAUUAGCUAGCAAAGAUAAA